UAUUGCUCUUGUUCUUAGAUUAAUCUUACAUCUGUACUGUGUCUCGGUCUCCCUCCCGCGCAAGGCAUAUAUCUAAUCUAUCAAGGGAAGGGAUCCAUUGCCAUUAGCUCCGAUCUGGUAGGAAACAUAAACUAAAAUGGCGUCGCUGUUCGGUUCGUCGUCGGGCUCCACAUCGAUGGUGGUGACGAACACGCCGUCGCAGGACCUUGCCCUCACCAACCUCGCCUUCUGUUCCUCCUCCGAUCUCCGCAACUUCGCCGUCCCCAAUCGCUCCAACCUCUUCCUCGCCUUCGUUGGCGACUCCUUCGUCUUCUCUCUCUCAGCUCAUGAGAACAUUCGCAGUGGCCAGAUUGCUCUCAAUUCCAUUCAACGUCGCUGUGUUAAAGUCUCCGCUGCUGAAUCCAUUCCUGUCACCAGAUUUGUGCCACCUGAAAACUUCGACCUGGCAUUGUUAACCCUUGAACUGGAAUUCAUUAAAAAAGGAGCAAAGAGUGAACAGAUUGACGCUCCCCAACUGUCUAAGCAACUUCGGAAAAGGUUCGCAAACCAGGUUAUGACAGUAGGGCAAAAAGUGUUAUUUGAGUAUCAUGGAAAUAAUUAUAGCUUCACAGUUACACAAGCUGCUGUUGAGGGUCAAGAAAAGACUAAUGCUCUUGAAAGAGGGAUGAUCUCAGAUGACACAUAUGUUGUUUUUGAAACAGCACGUGAUAGUGGAAUCAAGAUUGUCAAUCAGCGUGAGGCUGCCACUAGCAACAUUUUUAAGCAGAAAGAGUUUAAUCUUCAGUCUCUGGGUAUUGGAGGCCUGAGUGCAGAGUUUGCAGAUAUAUUUCGAAGAGCUUUUGCCUCCCGUGUUUUCCCUCCCCACGUGACAUCGAAAUUAGGGAUCAAGCAUGUGAAGGGCAUGUUGCUUUAUGGCCCACCUGGAACUGGAAAGACCCUUAUGGCCCGGCAAAUUGGGAAAAUUCUGAAUGGGAAGGAACCAAAGAUUGUAAAUGGCCCUGAAGUUUUGAGCAAAUUUGUUGGUGAAACUGAAAAGAAUGUGAGGGACCUUUUUGCUGAUGCUGAACAAGAGCAGAGGAGCCGAGGGGAUGAAAGUGAUUUGCAUGUAAUUAUCUUUGAUGAAAUUGAUGCUAUUUGUAAGUCAAGAGGUUCAACUCGCGAUGGUACUGGAGUUCAUGAUAGCAUUGUGAACCAGCUUCUUACUAAGAUAGAUGGUGUGGAGUCACUAAAUAAUGUUUUGCUUAUUGGAAUGACUAACAGAAAGGAUAUGCUUGAUGAGGCUCUCUUAAGACCAGGGCGGUUGGAAGUCCAGGUUGAGAUAAGCCUUCCUGAUGAAAAUGGUCGAUUGCAAAUUCUUCAAAUUCAUACUAACAAGAUGAAAGAGAAUUCUUUUCUUGCUCCCGAUGUGAAUCUUCAAGAGCUUGCUGCUAGAACAAAAAACUACAGUGGUGCAGAACUUGAAGGUGUUGUGAAAAGUGCCGUCUCAUAUGCUUUAAAUCGACAACUGAGUCUAGAGGAUCUCACGAAGCAAGUUGAGGAAGAGAAUAUUAAGGUUACCAUGGAUGACUUUUUGAAUGCACUCCAAGAGGUUAUUCCUGCAUUUGGGGCUUCCACUGAUGAUCUUGAAAGAUGCAGACUCCAUGGCAUGGUUGACUGUGGUGACCGACAUAAGCACAUCUAUCAAAGAGCAAUGCUACUAGUGGAGCAAGUAAAAGUAAGCAGAGGAAGCCCACUUGUUACUUGUCUUCUGGAAGGUUCCAGUGGCAGUGGUAAGACCGCACUUGCAGCUACUGUUGGUAUUGACAGUGACUUCCCAUAUGUCAAGAUUGUUUCAGCUGAAACAAUGAUUGGACUACAUGAGAGCACUAAAUGUGCACAGAUUAUUAAGGUUUUUGAGGAUGCAUAUAAGUCACCGUUGAGUGUUAUUGUCCUUGAUGACAUUGAGAGGUUAUUGGAGUACGUAGCCAUUGGUCCCCGGUUUUCAAACUUGAUUUCUCAGACACUAUUGGUCCUACUCAAACGGCUUCCUCCAAAGGGGAAAAAACUCAUGGUUAUUGGUACAACAAGCGAAUUGACUUUCUUGGACUCAAUUGGAUUUUGUGAUACUUUCUCUGUCACUUACCAUGUUCCUACCUUGAGCACAAAUGAUGCCAAGAAGGUCCUAGAACAGUUGAAUGUUUUUGCUCAUGAAGAUAUUGAUGCUGCUGCAGAGGCAAUGAAUGAUAUGCCUAUUAGGAAGCUGUACAUGUUGAUUGAGAUGGCAGCACAAGGGGCUCAAGGUGGAUCUGCAGAAGCUAUCUAUUCUGGCAAAGAGAAGAUCAGUAUCUCUCAUUUCUAUGAUUGCCUCCAGGAUGUUGUCAGAAUAUAAUUUCUUGUCACCUUUAGAUGACAUACUUAUGAUCCACUUUGUAUUGUAAUAUCAUUUUCUUUUCUUUUUUUCAUUUUUCUUUGUAUAUUUUCGUUGGUGCUUUGCUUGCUUUGUUAGUUCUCUCUGGUUUUGCUUAGGCAUUCUCACUCACUCUUGCUUUUUCGUGCUGAGUAUCUUUGAGAGGAAAGAGUUUCUAGUCAUUGUUUUAUCGUAUGUGCCUGUGUGGCUUUGGAAGUGGAGAUCGGCAUACCCAGAAAAAAGUAACAUUUUUGUAGCUCU